GUCUGACUAAACUGUUUAGAGGUAUAUAAGGCCUAACUUUUUCUUUAAGCUGAAUUGUAAAACUUUUCGCAGUGAUGGAUUAUUCUAACAAGCUAACUAGCUUCAGAUAAUAUUUACUUUGUACUACAAGAAUCUAUGCUCAAAACACCUAUUGAAAUGGACGGCUGGAUACCUGUAAACAUACGACGCCAGAGACAUCAAGCACCAAGAGCCACUACUCAAGCCUCACACAUACACCUACAUUCAGCAGAAGGCAUCGACAUGGCGACCUACCACUUUGAGAUUGAGCGUAAGUUCGCCAAGCCAAACCACCAACUGCUCUACCACGGAACUUCCCUAACAUUCUCUGCGUCCAUUCUUCAUGAAGGCAUCGACUUAACUCAAGGAAACCCACAACAAAACUAUUCACACAACUACGGAUUUUAUUUAUAUUUUGAUUUCCAACGCGCUUUAAGUUGGGCGAAAAAGCGAUUCCCAAAAGAUUAUGUGGUUCUGAUAUUUCAAGUACCGAACAUACUCUUAAAUUCAUCAAUAAACAAGGGUCUACUUCUCAAUGCCUGUGACGGGUUUAUGGAAAUGGCAUUAUGGAAGACCAUUGUCCAGUACUGCCGUUCAGGCUAUACUAUCAAUACCUGGGUAGAGAUGGUUCUAGAAGACUUGAAUUUCAUACAAGGACCGGCGUGUUCCAAUCUUGGGCCGUUUCUAAAACGAGGCAAGGAGCCAAAAUUCUUUAAGACAGACGGUCACGUGUCUCAACAGAUUUGCAUCAGGAAAAAUGACUACGCUAAAAAAUUCGAGGCAAUUUCGGAUAUUUGUGGAAUUGUUGCCAAAACAUAGCUUGGUGCAUGCAGAUAUAAAAUAGUUUUUCAAAGUGCUAAAAUUUGGCAUAAUCAUAAACAAACUAAAAGCAAUCAACAUGAUAUCAACUAAAACUUCAGAUGGAGAUUUUGAUAAAACAUAAAGAGUUGUUCAAAUGAUAAUAAAUGUAUGUGCUAUUUCUAACAUGCGGAUUAGGUCUACACCUAAACUUAUGUAUCUCAACUGAAAGAGUGACACGAUUGUUUGCUCAAAGUCCCUAUGAUUUUCAAUUGAUAACAAAAUGUAUAUAAUCCUUAUAAUGCCUUAUACGCGGAUUAGGUCAAAAUGGACUAAACACAAACCACUUAAUCUCAACUUAAAUUUUGACAGUACAAUGAAAUAUGUAUAUAGUCUAUUUUAUUCAUUCUCAAUUUUAUAGAUACUGGCAUUGCUGUACAUACAUAUUUAAAGCUAGGAAUAUGCUGUGAUAAUGUUUUAGCUCAAAUCUAAAAACUUAUCACAUGAUGUUUUAUUAUGAUUAUGUGGCUUUUGUUCAAGUAAAAUGAACUUUUAGUCACAUACAUGUUCAUAUUUAUACUGAUCAUAAUUCUAUGUAUGAGUCUUUUUCAAAGCAAUUUAACAUGAUGCAAACAUAAUAUAUUUGUUGUAUUGUUUAUUGAUGAUGUA